AUACGCGCCUCGUUUUAGUCGAUAAUGUUACAUAGCACGGGGUCCGAGACUAUUAUGUAAUGGUAAACUGAAGCGAAUAUCAUAGUCUCUAGCAUUUGAGAUAGAAAAGUAACCACCAAAAACAAUGUGAUUUUUUGUGAUGAAAAAUUAUAUAUUGUCACACGCGGGAAUUUUUAAAUUUGUGAAUUGAACAUUCUUCGCUGGCUUUUCAAAACCGUGUUUUGGAUUAGUAUAGACUAUUCAGAAACAAAAAUUACUACUUCAAAUUCGAAAACAUAAAUUAAAGUUAGCAUUUUUCAUUCUGUAUAGACGAUAUUCAAAGAAAUUUCUAAAAAUGGUGCGGUUGGUUAUAAGCCUGUAACAAUUAACUGUUUUAUCCGAUGGUAGGAGGGGAAUUUGGAAAAAUUGGAGUGUUUUGAAAACAUGGGAAAAAAGGCAAGGAAAACUAGGUGGCGGACAUUACCAAUUGCUGACGAAUACACCAGAAUCACGACUCCUAGGCAAGAUGUACUAUUUAAGAAGGGUUACUUGAAUAAACCUAGAAGUUAUCAGACACAAACGUCUACGGGUACUUCCACAACCUCGACGGGAAACUCCACUGGUAAUGGAACUCCCGAUCACCAAUCGACAGAUUUAGAUUACGAAUCGCAAUUUGUCUUCCCGAAUGGUUUUGUUGAUCAAAACGGAAUCUAUUACGUAAAUAGUUUCGAACCAUAUCCUCUCAUGUUGUACAAUCCCCCCACGUACUACAAUGAAUUUUUGCAUUGCAAAUCGAAGAGAUGCAGCACUGGUUCAUUGUCGGAAUCGACGAGUCCACACAACGAAGAAGUAACUAGUCAAGACUUGAGUGGUGGAGAGGCAUCCAACAAUGUUUCUGAUUACAGCAGCCACCACAGCGUCUACAAUAUGGUCUAUCCUGGUUAUUACGUCAAUGGAGUUCAACACCCUCAAGAUGUGAUUGAGCAAUGCCCGGCAGAACAAAAUCGUAAAGUUAAAAAGAGAAUACGUCGAAAGACUUCAAAGUCCCAGAUAUCACAAGGAAGUACCGAAUGCAGCGAUGAAGAGAGCGACUCUUAUAACGAAAACGAUAACCCUUCUGAAAAAAAAGUCAAUCCUCAAUGCUUUCCGGAUCCCAAUCGAGUUGAAACCAUAUCCGAAAUGGAUUCCAAUAAAACUUUAGAAGAAGUAACUUUAAUAGUAGCCAAUGAUGAUCCCAAAGACGAUCACCAAACUUCCAAACAUGGCUGUGAUGAGAGGAAAGAAGAUUGUGAGAAAAGCACAGACGAUAAUAAUGUUAUAAAUAACAAUGAAAUCAACAGAAACGUUGAAGAUUUUAAAAAUAAUUCAACAGGAGAUGUCAAUCUUCCUGAAGAGAACAACUCGCUCCAUGAUCCGCCAAAGACACAGAAGUAUGAUUUGAAGCCAGAUGCCGAAGAAUUCAUACCAAGAGCUUAUCGAACACCGGAAAUUCCUCUCAGUCCCGUUCAAUUUAUCAAAGUGUCUCCAAAUUUUGUGCCUAUACCUGUAGUGCCAUUUAAUGGACAAAACUUCAACCCAGCAUUUAUUCCCUCAGGAAUACCCAUCAACUUUCUACCUCCCGAUCCGAAAAUGUUUCCGAACUUUGUCGGUUUCAUUCCGAACAUACCGAAAUCCGAAGAAGAGACUGAAAACAGAAGAGCCAGUGUUGAUAACAACGUUGAAAAUCAAAAUGCCCACGUAUGUCAGUCAAACAACAUCAUAGAUGAUCAGGUUGUGAAAAAAGAAGAGAAAAAUGAAAACAAAUUGAACAAUAAUAAAACAAUAGAUUUAGCUAAAAUCGUGUCGAAGUUGGAAGAAGCUGUGAAAAAACAAGAAGAUGAAGAAACCAAAACAGAAAAUACUGAAAAAUUGGAUCUUGUAAAAAGGAAACCUUUCGACAAGCAGUUCAACAAUAACCAAAAAUACAAAAACAAUCACAAAAGAGGAUUUUACAAUAGUCCUCGAAAUUCUCCCCAAAGAAAAAUAUUCCAUCAGAACAACGAUGAUGGUGGUAAUCGAAUUCUUCCAUUUGAAACCGAAACAACUACAAUGCGCAGUGAAAAAGAGUCAGUUAAAAAUAGUUCUGAAAGUCGGAAAAACUGGAAGCCCCAUAACGAAAAUGUUACGACCAAAUGGCAACCUCAUGGAUUACAAAGAAGUUCCGAAUUCAAACCUAACCAAAGCAAAAGGUUUUAUUCACAAACAGUACAAAAUGCUGAAAUAAAACCUACUGUGAAACAUGGUUUACAAAAUCUUGAAGUCACACUAUCUAAUGAAAAACCGGUGAAACAUUGUGAAGUUGAUGUGAACGUGAAAACAUAUUCCUCACAAAUAGACACUCCCGAGUUAACUUUAUCUCCGACUAAGACUUCCAGUCCGACUAAAAAACAAAAUCAAUGGAUUUCGGUUUCUAGUCGAAAAAAACGUAAAAGUAAAAAUACUGAGGAAAGCGAAACCUCUUUUGAUGGUGGAGAGGAUGAACAUUCCCUUAAAGAUGAUAAUUUCGAAAGCUAUGACGUCAGCCUCUUAGUAGAUGUAAUACCUACACCAAAAGAAGAUGUUGUCGAGAUCGAAAUUAAGAACGGAAAAAUUGAAGAAAUUAUCAAUAUUAUUUCACAAACGGAACCAAAUAUGGUCGAAAAUAUUCACAUGAUACCAAAUAUCAAAUCUGUCACGGAAAUUGAGAGUGAAAUGGUUGUUGAUGUUGAUAAAAUCGAAAUAUCUAAUGGAAAUGGACCAUCCAAAGAAAUUGAAGAACAAUCGGAACUAGUAGAGGAUACCGAAAAAUCUAAGAAUGUCAGUCUAUCCGAAGAUGAUAAAAUAGAAGUUUCAAAACAAUCUCAAAUAGAACCAGUAUCAGGAAUUAUCGAAGAAUCGCACCCUAACAAGGAUAGGAAAAAAUCCAAGAAAGGUACCCAAAAACCUUUGACAAAGAAGGUAAUGAUUACAGAUAUUGAUCUAUCGGAGAAUUGUGAGGAAAUCAAAGAACCCAUUAAAAAAAUUGUAAAAAAAACUGACAAAACUGAAGAUAAAAUUGAAAGUGGAGUUAGGUUUGAUGAAAAGUUGGUUGAGACCAAUAAAAAUAAAGAACAUACUAUAAAAUCAAUGCCUACAGAUGAAAAAUUGCCGGUGAAAGACACCGAAGAUGAGAAAAAGACCUCCAAAAAGAGGAAGAAGAAAUCCUCGAAAACCUCUAUGGUUUCAAAUGUAGGUUCUGCAACGUCCCCAGCCGUUGGAAAGAAUCUAGUAGAUUCUUUCGAUUAUCUAUUGGAAUCUAGCCUUGUAGGAGAGUCAGACAAGACGAACGAUGAUAUAUCCCAAGAAUUGGAUAAGAUGAUUCAAAAGGGAAUGUAUAGUUGUUUGGAAGGAAAAAUUAAAUCGCUCAAUAUUGAUGAAAGUGACGGAUUUUUCAAAUCUAUAUUCAGCAAGAUAUCCAGCAGAGAGACGAGCAUUGAGAAAACUGGGUAUUCAAAAAGUCCAGAUUUCACGAAAAUACCACUGUUUGUACCCGUUUCGGUAAGUGAAGCAACUUCUUUAGACAAUAUCAAAGCUAAUAAAAACUUACCUGCUUCAGAAUCACCAAAAGAAGAUGGAUUUUUUCUAGAAAACCCAGAAAUAAGAGAAAUGCUGAAAGACCAGACUAAGGAUAAAGAAGAGAAAAGUACAGAUGUUGACGAAGGAGUGGAAGUGGAUGAUCAGAAAACGCGUUAUCCUAUAACGAAAGCAGUAAAAGAAUGGAUGUCUAAAACAAGGGAAACAACUCCGGACGCAGAAAUUUUAAAAAGUCCCAAGACAAUAUAUAAAGAAUAUUGUGAAAGUGUUGGUGGUGACAAGGACACAGAAGUUCAUGUUUUUCAUAAACUUCCUGAUCUAAAUUUAAGUGCAAAUUAUGACGAUGAUGAAAUCACACUUUUCAGUACGAAAAAUAACUUAUCUAGAAGAGAGAGUGGGGAACAGGAUUUACUUGAGUUUUGGGAAGACGAAGUUAAUAACCUAAACCAUGAUGAAAAACAAGAUAAUGUAGAAAUAAUUCCUAAAGUUAAUCAUAGGGAAGAUGUAUUGGAAGUGUACGAAAGCAAAUAUGGAAAUAAUGAGGAUUAUUUGAAGUUGCAGAAGGAAAUUAUAGAAACUAUCGAUAAGACAACAUAUCCUAAACACGGCAAUUUGCCUUAUAGAGCGAUAUGCUGCAACAUUAUGUGAAAUAUGGUAAUUCCUAUGAAAAUACAGAAAACGCAAUAAACCAAUUCUUUUUGCAAUAAGCAAUCGAAAAAUUUUGAAAAUA